CCGUGACACUCGAGGGAGCCAACACGAGAGGAAGGUUCCGGCCUCAAGACGUGGGCCGAUUCUUGAGUGGAGCACUGAACGCAGGCCCGAGCAUGCCUAGAGAGAAAAGAGCAUAAAAGUCGAUUUUCACCUUCGCAUAUGGCACCACAGCCUCUCUGGCUUUUCCUAUUGUUACUUCUAUUGGUGUUGUGGAACAUGAUUACUUCAUACAAACAUUCUGGAACCGGGGAGUUUCUAAAUAUACUUAGGAUUAUCGAUUGUACAUUGGAAUAUAUUCUAGGCGCUUGGGAUUGGAUAGGUUUUGGGCAUAUUUACGGAUUCUUCGUGGGUACAUUGGACGGAUACCCAGUUUAUUGCUCAGCUUGCAUAGUUUGAGGGGACAAGACCAGAUAGAGAUAAUCGGAAAGACCAUUCUGCUUCUCGGCAGCAAAGCUUACAAA